UACUCCCUAGGCAGACGGGUCUGUUUUAAUGCUUUAAUGGAAGAAUCUGCCGGAGAAGGUCGUGCAGUGCCCCCUGCUGGCAUGGAAGCCCGCGGUGCAGCAACAGGACACCGGGUGUGCGAGACGCAGGGGACUGUGAGCGUGAGUGAGCCUACUGCAUCGAUUGGGCUGCCUGUCAAUCAGAAAAGAAAGAAGAAAAGAAAAAGAAAGAGGAAUAAAGGGGCCCCGGGUACCCUGGACCAGGCGGGGAACCCCGAGAUUGGUGAGCUGCCUCCGGAGGGAGGAGCAGCGGUGAGGGAGACAGCCACUCCAGUUGGGGACACUGUGCAGCAAGACCUGGCUCCAGGAAGAGAGUCUGGACCUGAGACAGACUGCCCCAUUAUAGAGGAGGAGCAGCCACAAGGAACGAAAAAGGGCAAUAAAAGAAAUAAGAAACAGAAAAUGGAUUGUCAAGCUGCUGCAGAAAACAAGGGUCUGAAAAAUCAGAGCGAGGAGGGAACGGGCCAGAGACAAGCAGGGAGCGGCCAAGCACAGGUCGGGAAGAACAAGGCAACACAGACCGAGGCUGUGCAAGAACAGGAUGGGAACAAGCAGUCUAAGCACCAAGAAACGCAGACUGACAGCAACCAAACACAGUCUACGGAAACACAGACCGAAAGCACACCAGAGCAGGGAGGGAGCCAGCAAACGCAGCAAGGGAACCAGACAGAACCAUCAGUGGAAAAGCAAGGUCAAGAAGAGAAGGAGCAACCAGACCCUGAGAAAAAACAAGAACCGAGUCAGGCACAAGCAUCCGAUCCAACACAGCAGAGCGGGGCCAAGCAGCAAAACAUGGAAGAACCUAACGCAGGAGAAGUUCUGGAUUUAAAGAAAGACUGCGCUGUGGAAAACCAAGAUGACGGAAAUUUAAACAAGGGGGAAAAAGCAAAGACAACAGCAGAACAAACGGCAGCGUCCCCGGCAAGAACUCAAAGUGAAAAGCCAGUGUUCAGCAUUUAUGUUUAUCUUGUCCUUGAUAAAGGGUUUGUGUUUAAGAAAGGACAGGAGAGACUGUUGUUGCUGUUUCUAGACAAAGAGAUUCCUCUUCAGAUAAAUGUCUGCAGGGUUCUGAGUCAACAAAAAUCAGACUGUCUCAUUGAAGGACAGAUCUCUAUUGAUGUUAGUGAAUUCAGAGGGAUAGACAUUCAUUAUAGGUAUGCAGUACAAAAGAGAGCCAAUCUAAUUCCAGAGAUUUCCACAAGAAUAACUAAAAUACCUUCUGACCCUCGAAUAAAUGAACUGCACCGGUAUGAGGGUCACGUACAUUGUCAGGAAUCCUGGACCCUUCGGGAAUGGUUUUCCGGCAUCUUUUCUUCAAAAGAGAAAGAGAUCUGGACAGCGAGGCAAGCUGCUGGCAAGGCCCUGCUGGGCCAGGUCUUUCAAAAACUGGAUCCACUAACCACAGCCAACAAGAAUCAGUUCUUCCAUCACCUAUCUUAUUUCUGUAUCUCUUUUAAUUUGCCCGUGUAUUAUCCAGAAAUGAAGCCAGUGCAUUUUGGAGCAACAGAUGUGUCUGCGUUGAUUCUAGAGCAGGUUUUCCUGUUCUUGGAGCCCUACACUCGCACUGGCUCUUCAAAGCGCAACCGUGGGAGCCCCGCUGUGGGGAGGAACCCCCUAGCAGCAGGACUGUUGGCUUGUCAGGUUGUGAACUACUAUAAGCUUCAGCUGAAACUAAAAGAUUGGGUUCUGUUGUGUCGGCUGAUGCAACUGCCCACCAGCCCUUCUGAGGAGCUCAACAAGAACCUGGAGGAAGUGAAGAGCCUCUUUGAUGGUGUUAGGUUCACAGUGAUUGGAUUGAUUAACUGCUGUGCCCAGAAUGGCGUGGUGGAGCUGGCAAUGGUGAUUCCCCUCCUGCACCAGCUCAGCAAGUCCAGCGAGGGGAGUGGCACAACGGACUCAGGCAAGACAACCCCAGAGAGAAGCUGGGCGGCACUGAAGGGGGUUCAGCACUUGCAAUUCAGAGAAAAAAUAAGAACACUUUCAAAUAAAAGAAGAAUGCUGCUUGAACUGAUGGAUCAUCACAAAACCUUGACGGAUUCAGACCCCCUGCUGGUGCACAGCUGGCUCGCCCUGGUCCCCACAGAGGACAUUCCCAUAUAUUCCAAGCAGAUGGGUACUGUUCUAGAGCACAUUGUCCAGAGUGUGCUGUACAGACUGAAGGAAUACCAAGGCAGAGGGAACAGUAAUCAAGUAGAGAAAGACCUUCAAGCAAUCAAUGAAAACAUCAGUUUCAUCACUGUCAGAAUUGAGGAAGAUAAAGAACGGUUAAUGUCGUCUGGUAUUCUGAAUUCACUUUUCAGCCAGUGCAUCAGUAUCCACAAGUCGGUCUGCAGUAUGGCCAGACUGGUCCAGCUCUAUAAGGGGCCUCUGACAUCCUUCCAGCUUGUUUUGAAGUCUGCUGAGGCACUGCACUUCUCCAUUGGGAAGGAACCUCCAGCAGGCACAGAGAAGAAAAGCAAACUGUUUGAAACCCUGGAAGAAAUGCAGAAUCACUUUCGGCAGUGGAGAGACAAUCUUCUGCAGCUCCCUCUGCUGGUAACAGAGCCAGACGUGAGAUUCACUUACAACAAGGAACUGGAGCUGUGGGACGGCUUGCUGGGUGUAAAGUGUGCUGUGGAGGGCCUCACUGCCAAGUGGAGGUCCAGUGUGGAGAGGGACCUGUCGAAAAGAUUUGCCCAGGAAACCCCUUUGAAUCAGAUACACAUUUUCUGCAUGAAUCAGCCUGAUCUAGCCAAGGCCAGCCAGGCUGUGCACAGCUGCUUCGAGGAGCUUCAGCAGCAAGCCAUCACCGACAUCUGCGAAACUAAGAAGGAAGGGAAGUUACUGGAGAAGAUCUCUCCCUGCUCUGGGAGCGUCCCAUCUCCGAUCCUGUCUGCUAUAAUCCUGGAGUCCAGACAGAGGGCUAUGAGGGAUGGGAAUGACUUGGUGGGCUGGCUGCUAAGACCCCACACUGCCCUGAACUACCUGCUGUCUCAAAAAGGCCUGCAGAGUGUGAAGGUCUCGGGCAAGGCGAGAGAGGCUCUGACAGAGGGGGAGACUGUGCUGGCAUCGCUGGCAGAGGGGCUCCUCCAGGGAACCAUCUUGCUGACACACCUCAACCUCACCCUCCAGCACAGAGACAAGUUCAUCAAGCUGUAUCGACAACAGCAAAAGCAAUCCAAAGCUGACUGUUUCCAGGCUGAUGUUAAGAAGAUGCUGCUCCAGAGAGAGUUUGAGCUGAAGUCCUUUAAACAGGAGAAAGAGCACAUCGGCACACUAAUAAAGAUGAUUAAAAAGAUCGCUGAGUCAGUCACAGUGACUGAGCUGUCUUUACUGGAGCAGCAGCACAGGGCUGAGCACCUGUCUAAGAGGCUGAGCGAGCUGGUAGAGGUGCAGCCCUGGAGCAGCUCUGCCCAGGAGCCCAGUGGUGAGCCUCCGGCUGUGCUGUGUUACCAUGUGAGCUGGGAAGUGAGGGGGAUGGCCCAGGAGAUGCACCGUCUUCAGCAGAGCACCCUGCUGCUGAAUGGCUGGAUGAAAAGGGCUAAUCAUUUGGCUACCCUGAAGACCAGACCCCAGGUGAUAAACCUGAGAGAUGUCCUCCUUGGGAUCUGGAGACCCUGUCUGGAUGAGUAUCGGGAUCUCAGCAGGAGGAUUGCAGACGGCUCUGUGAAGUUCCAGGCGGUCGAUGAGGUUCUGGGAAUCCUCGGGGGCCGGGAGGAUGGGGUGGAGAUGAUGGGGAGGGAGCUGGAAGUUAUGACAGUAGUGCUGGAGAAGGAGUCUUACAGACAGGGCUGGGCCAGGGAAAGGCAGGAUCAGAUCCAGCAGUAUUGCAAACUCCACCACGCCAUAGACUCCGCCAGCACCAUGCUGAGGAUCGCCCGGAAACUGCAGCUGAAGGGAAAUUUCGUAGAAAUACAGCAAUUAACAGAGCUGAGGGAAGACAAGUUUAAGCAGAGCCCUCUGACCUCCCUCAGUAAGAAGCUCGUUGCAGCCAAUGAUCUGCUGGCAGGGGUCACUGCAGAGAAGACUGCCUGCCUGGAGGAGUACCUGGGGUGUCAGGAAAUAGUGUGCUGGGUCAAGGACAACCUCAAGAAUAUGAGCGAUGUGAAGGUGUUUGUGGAUCUGGCCUCUAUCUCCGCGGGGGAGAAUGACACUGAGAUUGACAGCGUGGCCUGUUUCCAUGAUGCUGUAAUGGGGUACUCCCCCUUGCUGUACAGCCUACUCCCUGAGGCUGACUUUCAGGUCCUCAUGAAACACUCGCAGGAAGUCUGGAAGGCGCAGGACAGAGAUCCCAAACUUCCUGAGAAACUGAGGGACUCAAAUCGCUGCCUAGAUUGGUUGAAGGGUCUCAGAAAUACUCACGGCUCUGUUGAGCAGUCCUCCUUAUCCCUGGCAGCGGCUAUCAAUUCCCAGGGAUUGUACAGAGUUGGGGGGACUCACUUUCAACAAGGAAAGCGGACCCUGCAGAGCCUGUUGCGGUUGACUGUGAGGAAUGGGGGAGUCGAGAAAAAGCACGGAUUAGAGGAACUGCUGGAACUCCAGAACAAACUCAUGCUGAUGUCCUCGAAGGGAGAGCACGGAAAGGAGCAGGUCAACAGGUUCAUGCAGGUCUUUGAUGGCGUUCAGAGGCUGGGUCGGACCCUACUCGACCUGCAUGUGUCUGGUAACAUGUUCUUCCACAAGUGGGAGGCCUUCAUUCACUGCAGUCCUAACAGCACACCCUGCAUCACAGCGAACUUCAACUUGCAGAGCGUGGGUGCAGUAAGGUUCUCUGGGGAGGUCACUGAGCAGCUGCAGGCUCUGUGUAGGUCAAUGGAGUUCUGCCAUAACGAUUGGUGCUGCUUUGUUAACGAGGCCCGCUCUAAGUUCUACCCCCUGAACUACUAUACUGCUGAGCAGAUUGUGUACCUGUGCAGCCAGCUGCGGGACCGCCCCUCUGUAGGACUACCCCAGCAGGUUUUAGCCAUGCUGUCCUUCGUGAAGCCUGGGUGCACCUUGAGGGAAGUUUAUGAGACUUGGACUAAAGUUCCUUCAAGAGAACUGCUCACCGCAGGGGUGGACUCGGAUGAAGAAUCAAUACAGCUUAAGAGCACUGACAAAGAUAGCAGUGACUUUGAGCUUCAAGAUGCAGAUGAAGAACAUAGAGAAAGAUCUCCAAGAAUUACACUAGCUUACAACAUAGAAUCAGAGGGAGAAGGAGAGAACAGUAAUGAAGAAAGCGAGGAUUCAAGGGACCUAAUUUCCAUGGAAAACUCAGAUGCCCUUGUUGAAGAUAUUGAAGAAAAGAACAAGGGAUUGAUUUCACCAGAGCUCCUUUUGGACACAGAUGAGGAGGAACAUGGAAAACCAGGAGUUGCCAGAGAUUCUUCCCUGGAAAUGUCCCUUGACCAAGACCCUGAUACCGAAGGGCACUCUGUGGACAUGGCAGAUCUGUGGAGACUCUUUAGAGAGGAUAUGACCACCUACCUGGAUGGGCAUUUGGACAUCAUCUCCCUCUCUAGAUUCCUCCAGUGUCUUUCAGAGAUCAACAGGAAAGAGGUAAACAGGACACUACCUCCAGUCCUGAAGGAAGGCAUUCCUAACCUUGUCCUCUGUCCGGGGGUUGAUGUUCUGAGCACAGCUCUCAGACUCUACAUGGAAAGCCCCGAUCAGCCCCUGCCUUCCUGUGAUGAGGCCCUUCUGUGUGGUGAAGGUACAACCGGGGAGCAGGUUGAGAUCUUUCUGAGGAGGGCGCUUGGGUUGUCUGGGAGGGGUGGCAGAGGGAAAAUCUUCACGCUGAUCAGUCCCGGUCUCCUCCCCUACGAUGUAGGCGUCAUGCUAGGGGAGAAGUUUGAGGAUCUGGAGAAGAGCACGGAGCCCCAUUACCGCUUGGUUAUCAUCAGCUCCCUGAAGCUCCAGCACAGAUAUGUCCCCUCAUUCUUCAGUAACUACAAGGUGCAGGCUGGGCUCGCCGUUUCAACAGAGAAAGCCAGAACCUAUCUCCAGCGACACUUCACUGUCCCACCCCAGUCCCAUCUCGAUCAUACCAAUGUCUUUCCAGGCUGCCAGUCAGUUUGGGUACUGUCAUCCACUCGACCAGCUGUAGGAAAGUCACUGUAUGUUGACAGGCUGUUUGAAAAGCUCCAGCAGUUUACCCACCAGGGGCGUCUGGUACGUAUCCGGCUGACAGACCCCCGAAUCGAGGAGGACUCCUUCCUGCAGAGACUGUCCGAGAGCCUGGUUGGGCUGGAGCAGCGAUACCCUGUCAUCCUGCACAUCGAUGCAGCCGCUGUCCGAACAGGCCUGGAGGAGUUCCUGUUCAGGCUGCUGGUUCUGGGUUGCCUGGUGAACAGCGAGGGGAAGCUGUGGCGACGCAACCCAGCCCAGCUGUUAGUGAUGGAGCUGUUGAGUCCCCGAGCAGGGCAGAACUGGACUCAGCAAGAGCAGGGGCUGCUGAACAUCCUUCCUACGAUCCACUGCAGGCCACCUGAGGAGGUCAGACAGUUGGAGCUGGAGAGAAAAGGGGCUCACGCGAACAUUCUGCACCCACUGAUGGACAGCAAAGAGUUUGCUAGUGAAGGCGUGCAAAGGCCCUAUCAGUACCUGAAGAGAUACAACCAGAAAGAAAGCAUAGAUAUGUUUAGAUAUCAGGAAGGGUCAAAGGAAGGGAACCCUGCAGAGUGCCUCUUUUAUCUUCUGACAUACUGCGGAAUCAAAGAUCCCUCUUGGGCUGAGCUGCGCAACUUCACCUGGUUCCUCAACCUCCAAUUGAAAGACUGUGAAGGUUCCAUGUUUUGUGACACAAGCUUCAUAGGGCAGCACCUUUUGGGAUUUAAGAACUUCAUCGUAGGAUUCAUGAUUGUGAUGGCUCGGGAUUUUGCCACACCUUCCAUGGACAUCUCGGAUCAGAGCUCCAGUUUGAGCGAAAAGGAGGAUGACGGAUUGAUCCAUCUGACCGUUCGAAAGCGAUGGGAGAGUGAGCCACACCCUUACAUCUUUUUUAAUGCAGACCAUCUCUCCAUGUCCUUCCUGGGCUUCCACCUAAAGAUGAAUCACUCUGGGACCUGUGACGCUGUGGACCCCCACAGUGGGAAGGUCCUAAUGGGGGGUGUAAUGCCAGUACAACUCCUCAAGGGGCUCGAGAGACAGGGAAUCAAUUUCAAUGAAGACUUUGACUCCUUACCAAGAGAGAAGAAGAUCCAAAAGCUCUCUAGGGUACUGGGGGAUUGUGGAGAUCAGGACAUGGGUGGAGGCUUCGGUGGGACAUUUGAUCCAGACAGCAGUUAUGAAUUAACCGCAGACAAUGUGAUGAAGAUGCUGGCCAUCCACAUGCGAUUCCGUUGCGAGAUUCCAGUAAUCAUCAUGGGAGAGACAGGUAGCGGGAAGACCAGACUGGUCCGGUUUCUCUGUGACCUACAGAGGGGCAGUAAGGAAGCCAAAAACAUGAUGCUGGUCAAGGUCCACGGGGGAACCACUGCGGAGAUGAUAUACAAGAAGGUGAAGGAGGCUGAGGAACUGGCCAAGAACAACAGGAGGCGCCACCGUCUGGACACUAUUCUGUUCUUUGAUGAAGCCAACACCACAGAAUCCAUCUUUGCCAUUAAGGAGGUCUUGUGCGACAGGACAGUGCGAGGCCAGCCUCUGAAGGCAAACACAGGAUUGAAGAUCAUAGCCGCCUGCAAUCCUUAUCGGAAGCAUUCACCUGAGAUGAUUAGACAGCUGGAGCUGGCGGGACUGGGGUACAGAGUGAAGGCAGAGGAGACAGGAGACAGGCUUGGCACGGUGCCCCUAAGACAGUUAGUUUACAGGGUGCAGCCUCUACCUCCCAGCAUGGUCCCAUUGAUUUGGGAUUUUGGCCAGCUGAGCAAUUCAGCUGAACUCUCCUACAUCAAGCAGAUUGUUCAAAGACAGAUCAUGGAGCACAGGCUGCCCAGAAAUUGUGCAGAUACUGUGUCCAACGUGUUGGCAGGCUCUCAGCAAUUCAUGCGCAGUUGCAAAAACGAAUGCAGCUUUGUAAGCCUGCGGGACGUGGAGAGGUCUAUGAGGGUGCUGGUCUGGUUCUACCACCACAGAGUUCUGUUUUUUUCCAACUCUGUCGCGGAAGUGGAUGUGGCUUUCAAAUGCUUGGCUCUGGCAGUGGGGGUGUGCUACUACCCAUCUCUGGUUUCCAAAAUGGAAUACUUGCAGUUCAUCUGUAGAUACUUCCCAGAACCCCUCAACUCAGCAGAGGCCAUCAAGCAAGUGAUCUCCACCUGCCAGAGUGUAUUCCUCCAGAACAUAAAGACACGGGAGACUGUGGCCAAAAACACAGCUCUGAAAGAGAAUGUGUUUCUAAUGGUGGUUUGUAUUGAACUGAGGAUCCCACUGUUCCUGGUCGGGAAGCCCGGUAGUUCCAAAUCUCUUGCCAAGACAGUGGUGGCUGAUGCCAUGCAGGGCCAAACAUCCCACUGCCAGCUCUUUAGGCAGCUCAAGCAGGUGCACAUGGUGUCAUUCCAGUGCAGCCCUCAUUCCAGCCCUGAAGGCAUCAUUGGCAUCUUCCGACAGUGUGCACGCUUCCAACAGGGCAAGAGCAUGGAAGAGUACGUCUCUGUGGUGGUGCUUGAUGAGAUCGGGCUGGCCGAGGAUUCACCCCAGAUGCCCCUAAAGACGCUGCACCCCCUGCUGGAGGACGGAUGCAUCGACAAUGACAGUCCAGAUCCUCACAUGAAGGUCGGCUUUGUAGGUAUCUCCAAUUGGGCCCUUGACCCUGCAAAAAUGAACAGGGGUAUAUUUGUGUCACGGUGGGACCCCAGUGAGAAGGAGCUUAUAAAAACAGCCAAAGGAAUCUGCUCUUCAGACCAGGUAGUCCAAAUGAAGAUCCAACACCUCUUCCCAACCCUGGCCAAGGCUUUCCUUGGAAUCUGUAAAGCGGAGCAAACAGGCCAAUUCUUUGGCUUGCGGGAUUACUACGGCCUUGUCAAGAUGAUAUUUGCAUCAGCCAGGGAGUCCCAGGCAGAGCCGAGUGAGGACCAGUUAGCAGAGGCCAUCCUGCGGAAUUUCAGUGGAGGAAGGGAUGGAUUUGACCCCCUGCAAUCAUUCAGUGAACUUUUUCAGUCCCUUGAGGCUGUGACCCGACCAGGAACGCUGAGCAUGGUGGAGAGGAACUUGGACCAGAGCAAAGAGGAGGAGAGCCGCUACCUGCUGCUCCUCACCACCAACAACGCUGCCCUGCACAUCCUGCAGCAGAGGGUCUUCAGGAGUGGGACGCACCGGGCUCCGGAGAUUGUUUUCGGGUCUGGGUUUCCCAGGGACCAGGAAUACGCUCAGGUCUGCCGCAACGUCAACCGGGUAAAGACAUGCAUGGAGACCGGUCGGACUGUGGUGUUGCUGAAUCUCCAGAAUCUGUAUGAGAGCCUCUACGAUGCUCUAAACCAGUAUUACGUGUACCUGGGCGGGCAGCAGUAUGUGGACUUGGGUCUGGGCACUCAUCGAGUCAAGUGCAGAGUCCACCGAGACUUUAGACUGGUGGUUGUGGAGGAUCAGAACAAAGUUUACACCCAGUUCCCAGUGCCCCUUAUUAACCGUCUUGAGAAGCACCAUCUGGACAGGAGUGCGGUUCUCACCCCCCAGCAGCAAAGGACACUGCAGAGGCUAAAAAAGUGGGUACGGGAGUUCGCUCAGGUAGCUAAAGGCGAUAAUGCAAAAUUUGGACCCUCAGAUGCCUUCAUCGGUUUCCACGGAGACGCCUGCGCUAGUGCUCUGUUGCAGGCUGCUUCCUUCGUAGGUCAAGGUUGGAGAAAGGUCAGAGUGGCUGAGAAUAAGGGUAAAGAAGAAAAGGGUCGUUUGGAAGAAAUGGAGACGCAAGAGGAAGACAUUCAAAUGGAGGAUGUAGAGGAAAGAGGUCAGUUGGAGGGCACAGAGAGUAAAACACAGUUAGUGGUUACAGAUGACCAAGGUCAGGUAGAUGGCACAGAGAGUAAAGAUCAUCCAGGUGAAACACAGGCCGAAGAUCACAUGGAGGAGGGAGAAGAUGUUCCAAAGGAGAAUACAGAGGGUGAAGGGCAGUUGGAGGAAGGAAACAGAAGAGAUGGAGAGGAUUCCUGGGAGGGUCAGGAGGAAGAGGAGGUCCUGGGACUUGCCAAGAGUCUCCUGUUACACUGUGCCACUCCAGAUGCAGUGCUGCGGCUCAAAUACUCAGAUCUGGGAGUGCAGGAGAGCAAGGAGCUCCAGAUAGAGUACUUCCAUCAACAGCACCAUUCCUCACUCCGAGACUACAUGGAUCAUCACCUGAGCGGGUCUGAGACACAGCACUACAGAUUCAUAGAGGUCACCACCUUCUCCAGUCUGCUGACCCAGUCUGAUAUCAGAGCACUGGCACAGUCCUUGGGUAUGGAAACCUCCAAGCUCCUCCUGCUUUCUCUGCACCAGUUCGACACAGAGUUCUCCUUUUGCACUAAGAUCAGGAGUUUCCUGCGUGUAGAGGACUGCACCCUGCGAGUGCUGCUGGUUCAGACAGACACAGAGGAAUCCCUCCACAGUGAGGAGCUCAUUGCUUCCGCAAAGUACUGUGCUAUGAAUGAGAUGAGCUCUCUGGAGCCUGGCCUAGCCCAGUCCUAUGUGUUGUUCAUCACUAAGCUGCCUAGGAUCACAGGGGGGUCCCGGUACGCUGGAUUCCAAGGAGGUGCGUGGCUGUCGGCCCAUGUUGAUGACCUGAGAGACUCUGUUGAGAUGAGUUCUGACCUCUCUGCCUUCUGUGACGUCUCGAUCAGCCAGUUAUUCACCCAGGCCAUGGAGAGGCCACACUCGGAAGCCAACAGUGUGCCAGGACAGCAGAUGGUUGAAUGUAAAAGGGGAGGGUGUCCGAAGCUGAACUGCACCUCUCUGCUGAGGUCCUGCAUUCAGAGUGCCGUGGGGCUGCUGAGAGACUCCGGAGACAAGACCACUCGCGGCACUGAGCGCGUGCAGACACUGCUGAGGUUCAUGGGAGAGGACGAGGGAACCCCUGAAGCGGAGUUUGUGCAUCUCCUGAUGGGGAGGCUGUGUGCAGUGCUGGCUCACAGGGAGGAGCGUGUUGUCUCACCAGGAGAGUGGGUGUGCAAGGAGGCCAAGAAACUACAGGCCCUGCAGGAAGGAGGCACUCUCAGACACACGCUGUGGCGCUGCCUGCAGGCCGUGGUCACUCCGGUUCUGGCCCGGAUGGUGGAGGUUCUGGAUCGUGACAGGAACCUCGAUCUGUUCCACAGCCCCCAGCUCGGCACAGGCUUCACACAGCUGUGGCUGGACAUCUUCAGGGACUCCCAGAUUCUGGAGCUGCCCUACCACCUGCCCUCGAGCCAAGCAGACCAGGAGAUCCCUGUGCAGAACUUCCUGUUUGUGGGACGAAAAGAGGUGCCCAGUGCUGCCCCCUUCAGUUGGCUCAUCAGACUGUACAGCCAGAGCUUGUGGGAGGAGUCGCAGUUUGUGCCAGGCGCGGAGGAGGGUGAGAAGAGGAGGCUCCUUCAGUUUGUGGGUCGCUUCUCGAGCAGCAGGCUGGGCAGCUACAUCAGGAAGCUGGGGAGGGAGGAGCUGAAGGAGUUUGAGCAGCGAUAUCUGAGAGAUUUCCUGCUCCUGACCUGGAAAAUCUCCUCCAGGGAUGAGCUGGAGGUGUGUGCAAUCCCAGGAGCUCCCACGCUGUUCACAGCGGUGGUCCAGUCCUUUGUCUUGGAGCUCCAGCAGGACCUCAGUGUUGAGUCCCCUGACCUCUCUCCUGCCUGGAUCCUGGCAGCGGUCACUUGCUACAAACCUCGGCUGACCAACCUCUCCCGCAUUCUUCACCUCCAUCCCGAGCUGCUGGGAAUGUGGCUGAGGGGAACACAGCCUACUGCACAAGAAAUGGUGAGGGGCAGGGCUGGAGCGGUGCGGUGUGACUCUGGUGUGAAUGUAACAGCUGAUCUGGACGGUGUAUCAAACCUGAGGUCUGGCUCCCCCACUGACUCCCCUGGGAAAGGCUCCCAAGGCUCACAGGACGUGCUGCAGAGAGGCGUGAGUGUGGAGGAGCAGCAGCAGAGAGCUCCGUCGAGCAGAGCCCAGUCCAAGACCACGCUGAACGAGCUGCUGGACACCCUGAAGCUGCUGGAGGAGGAUCCAGAGAGACUACCCGAGCCCCAUUGCUACUGCAAAGAGAAGUACUCCUGGAUCGAUGAGGAGAGGGACUCCAAUUCCCUCACAGCUGAUAACCUGGAGCUGCUGGGCAAGAUGAACCAGCCUCCUGCCCUGCCAGACGGGGGCGCCCUGCUCUCUGAGGCCAAGCUGCAGAGCAUCAUGAGCUUCCUGGACGAGAUGGAGAAAUCAGAACAGGAGAGGCCGCGCUCCGUCACCUCGGGUUCACACAGACAGGCCCUGCUGUCAGAAGAGGACCUAGCUCAGGUGGACCAGGCCUCGGCCACGGCAGCCGAGGUGACCGGCUGCAUGAUGAGGAUGAAACUGGAGCUGGAGGAGAAGCGACGCACCAUCAACAUGCUGCAGACUGCACUGGCUCAGCAGCGAAAGCUGACAGUGCGCCACAUCAAGGAUACGGAGAAGGAGCUGAACCACAACUUCCAGCUGCAGAAGGAUCAAUACGAGGCCACCAUCCAGAGACAUCUGGCCUUCAUCGAUCAGCUUAUCGAUGACAAGAAAGCCCUGAGCGACCGCUGCGAGGGGGUGGUGACCGAGCUAAAGCAGGUCGACCAGAAAUACACCAAGAAGAUAACACACAUGCAGGAGCAGCAUGACCUGGAGAUUAAGAAGCUGAAGGAGUUGAUGAGUGCCACAGAGAAGAUCCGCAGGGAGAAGUGGAUUGACAAGAAAACCAAGAAAAUCAAAGAGAUCACAGUGAAAGGGCUGGAGCCGGAGAUCCAGAAGCUGAUCUCCAAGCACAAGCAGGAGCUGCAGAAGCUGCGAGCCGUGCAUGAAACGGAGCUGAUGCAGGCAGACGAGAGGGCGGCUCAGAGAUACGUCAGGCAGAGCGAGGAGAUGAGGGAGCAGCUGGAGAGAGAGAAGGAGGAGCAAUGCCAGAGAGAGAGGGAGCUCGCCAGGCAGAGGUAUGAGAAGCAGCUACAGGAGGAGGAGCAGGCGCUACAGCAGCAGAGGAGGAAACUCUACAGCGAGGUGGCUGAAGAGAAGGAGAGGGAGUCCCAGCUGGCUGCCAGGCAGAGGAUGGAACUGGACGAGCUGAGAAAGCACCUUGAGGACAACAACUUGGUGGCGGGGCGUGCGCUGAGAGAGGAGUUCGAGAGGACGAGAGACGAGCAGGAGAGGAGGCACCCGGCAGAGGUUAAAGCCCUGAAAGAGAGGCAAGACAUUGAGAAGCAAGCCUGGGAGGAAAACUACAUGAAGAAAGAGGAGGCCUGGCUGCUGAGCAGGGAGCGGGAGCUGAAGGAGGAGGUGCGCAGAGGGAGGGACAAGGAGAUCGAGCUGGUGAUUCAGAGGCUGGAGGAGGAGACUAGCAGAGCCAGGGAUGAGUGCGAGAGAGCCUCCGAGAACAGGGUGAAGCGCGUGAGGGAGAAGUACGACAUGGAGCUGCGGGAACUGGAGCGCUCAGAGAGGAGCCUGCAGGAGAAGCACAGCGAGCUGAAAGGGCGGCUCAGCCAGGCAGAGGGGGAGGCCGUGCGAUUGCAGGGGCUCCUCAGGCAGAAAGAGCAGGAGGUGCAGGACCUUACACAGAUUCAGGACCGGCUGACGGAGGAACGGAGAAGCCUGGCAGAGGUGAUCCGGCAGGAGUUUGCCGACUGGCUGGUGUCCACAGAGGAGGAGAACAGGUGCAUGAAGACGGAGAUGUCAGAGAUGAGGGCGCGGCAGAGACUGGAGCUGGAGAGAGUGACCCGCGAGAAGGAGGAGGAGCUGGCUGAAGUGCACAAGAGGGUGAAAACUGCUAUAGUGAAAAAGGAAGAGACUGUAAAUAACCUGCGAAAGCAACACGAGGCAACCUUAAAGAGAGCAGAUCACCUGGAAGCGUUACUGGAGCAACAGCGCAAACAGCUGCUGGGGAAGUGAGGCGGUGGAGCCAGC